AUGCAUAACUCGCUGGUCUCGAAGUUGCUGCUGCGCCUGCUGCUGCUGUUCGCCUUGGUGACAGGUGCCUCCAUUGUGGUUCUCACAAAAUGUGGAUUCGACGAACUUACAACGAGGGAAACGCAGUCCAACAAUCCCAGUGAAUCCAGCGGAUUUAGCUACGCAUUAAGUGAACGCGAGGCGGAAAUUGAAAGGCUGAAACAAGAGGUCCUGGCACUUCGCACUCAAAUAUUAUUUCUACAAAACAAUCGAAGUGCUGGAAAGCAAUCAAAUGGCAGUCUUCAGUUACAGGAGACCACUGUGGGUCCACCAACUGCUCCUUUGGGUCACCACUACGACUGCAGUAGCUACAUUCGAAAGCAGGUGGGCGCCGCAGAAAUUCUCCACGGAUUGCCAUUGAACAACGAAUACGAACUGAUACCCUACAAUCACUUCACUUUCACCCGGGUUUAUCCCAUUGAUUUGGGACUGGGAAAACGGGUGGUGGAGAAACCCAUUGGUUAUCGAAGACGUGAUCUCAUCGAGGCUGUUAAUAAAGCUCUGGAAAGCCUGAACAGGAAUCAUUCUGCGAGGAUACGAGCAAAGGGAAAUAAUCCUGCGGGAGGAUAUUCUUCAGAUGUGAUAAAAUACACACUGGAUGACUUUGUGGAGGGCAUUUAUCGAAAUGAACCCACUACAGGCACCCAGUAUGAACUCUAUUUCCAGAGUGUUAAAAACCAAGCGAGUCCUGUGAGAAGAGCCUUGGUCAUGAGACCCUUUGCACCUCUGCAAACUGUUCAGCUAUCGGAGUUAUCUUCGAUUGUGGACAAUGGUAGUUCCAAUCGGAGUCACAGUCCACCUGUGAUCCAUGUGAUACUGCCUUUGGCAGGACGUCUGCACAGCAUUCGCAACUUCCUGCAGAUGUUCGGUAAACUGGACGAUCGGCGAUUGGAGCUCAUUGUGGUGUACUUUGGAAUCAGUGGAUUGGCGCAAGCCAAACGUCUGGCUGGACGGUCUGAAAGAACUCAGUUUAUAGCCCUCAAUGAGACUUUUAGCAGAGCCAAAGCUUUAAGACUGGGAGCAGAGCAUAUUAAACCUGCAAGUGAGGACGUACUACUUUUCAUGUGCGAUGUUGACAUUAUGUUUACGACCAGAUUUCUGGAGCGGUGUCGAUGGAAUGCCGCUCCAGGCAAAAAGGUUUACUACCCUGUAGUGUUUAGCUUGUACAAUCCGCAUGUGGUGUACACUCUGCAGGGAAAAUCCGUGCCCGGCGAUGAUGAGCAACUGGUGAUCUCAAGGGACACUGGAUUUUGGCGGGACUUUGGAUACGGAAUGACCUGUCAAUACCGCUCGAACUUCCUACAGGUACGUGGUUUCGACGAGGAGGAAAUCGUAGGAUGGGGCGGCGAGGAUGUGAUGCUCUAUAGGAAGUAUGUCCGUUCAAAGAUCAAGAUCAUCAGAGCCACCGAUCCUGGAAUUUUUCACCGCUGGCACACAAAGAUCUGCUCCAAUUCGCUGACUGCCGAUCAGUACCGCGCUUGCAUUCGAUCGAGGGCUUUGAACGAGGCCUCGCAUGCUCAACUUGGAUUCCUGGCCUUCCGGGAUGAUAUAGCCGCAGCUAAUGCUGCGAAAAUGUUAUCGUGAUACUCGACUAUCCCUCAUGCAUCGUUAAUCGCUUGGCUACUCAAUCUAUGGCGAACAUUAUAGUGUGUGUGAAAGGACAGCAGUGAUUAGUUAAAAUUUAACAAACUAGGCGAAACAACUACACUUUAUAAUUUUAAUACUUUUAUAAACCAAAACGAUAAUAAAAUCUUUUUGUUGAUUUAAAUGUUAGGAAAAAAAUACAAAUUUAAAUAUAUAUUUAAGAAAUUUUGAUUAUAGGAAUUUAAAAAAAAUUAUAUUGUCAGCUCUUUAAUUUACUAUUGCUUUAUUUAUCAUUACUUAUUUAGUUUGUGAUGUUUUGUUCCCUAUUUAAUUCAAGCCUAGCUCUAGUCUAUCAAUAAGUUUAAACGAUUUAAUUAGAAAUAUUCAGUAAACUCAAAUCAUUUGGAGCACUGCCAUUUUCACACAUGCCCAAACACAUAAUGUAAGCUAUCAGUAUGUACAACUUGAGACAAUAACUCGUAUUUAGCAGAAUCGUUGAAUUAGCUUAAUUGUUGGUCUUGUUGCGCCCUCGAGAGUGCCACACACACAAACACACACUGAGAUACAAACCGCACUGUACACAGACACAUCACAAAUUGUUCUUCCAUGAAGCAAACUAGAUGCAAUCUCCAGAGCCCAAGGAACUAUAUAUUUACGAGUACCAUAUCGAAUCCGUAACUCAAACUGAGCCUAACAAAUCUGCCAGUCUGUUGCUCGCUUUGUAAAAACUAAAUUAAAUCGUUUAAUUAAACUUGUCGCCUGGUUGUUGUUUUAUUUCGCUGGCUGGUUAUGAUUUUAAUGGACGAUGCCAACGACCUCCGCCAAAGGUUCACUGAGCAUGCAGACCAAGAAGGUGAUCCAAACGCCAAGCGCCACCUCUGAUGUUUGGGGUUUCGAUCCCCCAUCAUGAGUUUACAUAUUUUUUGUUUUUGGUGAGGUAAUUUGUCAUGCCUUGAUAGAGGAAACUCUUUAACAGCAAAUUGACUAACG